AUGUCGCUUCAAGGGAAAGUUUACGCAAUAACUGGUGGUGCGAGUGGCAUCGGCUUCGCAACAGCCAAACUCCUCGCACAGCGCGGAGCAAUUGUGAGCAUCGCCGAUGUUGACGCCGAUGCCAUGUCAAGUGCUACGGUAUAUCUCAAGGAGCAAGGUAUCGUAGCCACGGUUUCUCGAGUUGACGUCUCCCAGAGGUCUGAGGUAGAAGGUUGGCUGGACGACACUGUUGCGAAGUACGGAAAACUCGACGGCGCAGCCAAUGUGGCAGGUAUAAUUGGCAAACACCACGGCCUUCGUGCCGUAGCGGAUCUAGAAGACGAGGAAUGGCACAAGAUCAUUGCUGUGAACUUGACAGGGACAAUGUAUUGUUUGAGAGCGCAGCUUAAUAGGAUAGUGGACGGGGGAUCUAUCGUCAACGUCGCAUCUAUCCAUGGCAUUAAGGGCAUGUGCCUUCUAUACAAUGCUGUCAAUUUCGACUCUGACCAUGGUGUACAGGAUUUGCCAGACACGGAGCUUAUGACGCAAGUAAACACGGGAUAG